UACGUCACAGCUGACGUUACGUAAUGUGCGAAAAAGUUUUGCGACCUGCCAUUGCAUACUUUACCUGCGUGAAAGAGACGAAAACGACCUGUUUAGACCAACGCCGAGAAAACUUCGUCAUGAAGGUGUGCAUCAUUGGUGCGGGAGUCAUCGGUCUCUCCACUGCUCAGAGCAUCUACCAGCACUUCCACAGCAGAGUCUCUCCUCUCACCAUAGAGGUUUAUGCUGAUAUCUUCACUCCUCUGACCACCAGCGACGGGGCAGCUGGACUCUGGCAACCCUAUCUCUACGACAAGGGCAACGUCAAAGAAACUCAAUGGAACAAAGAGACGUUUAACUAUCUACUGAGUUUCCUCGCCUCUCCAGAUUCAGUUAAAAUGGGAAUCUUCCUUCAGUCUGGCUACAAUCUGUGUGCUGAACCAAUGCCGGAGCCCUCAUUUAAAGAAGCUGUUUUGGGUUUUCGUCAGCUUUCUAAACGGGAAUUAGAGAUGUUCCCGGGUUACAGUUUUGGCUGGUUUAACACUGCUCUCAUGAUUGAAGGAAAGACGUAUUUGCCCUGGCUCAUGAAUUGGUUAAAGCAAAAAGGCGUCACAUUUUUUCAGAGGAAGAUCGACUCAUUUAAAGAGUUGUCAGACAGUGGUGCUGAUGUGAUCAUCAACUGCUCUGGUGUUCGCUCAGGAGAGCUGCAACCUGAUCCUGAGCUCCAGCCAGCCAGAGGACAGAUCAUAAAGGUAGACGCUCCCUGGUUAAAGCACUGGGUCAUCACGCAUGACUCCACAUCAGGAGUCUAUGAUUCACCGUACAUCAUUCCUGGGAGUCGUUUGGUCACUGUUGGUGGAGUUUUCCAAGUGGGAAACUGGAAUCGGCUGAACAGUUCUGUUGACCAUAAAGGAAUCUGGGAAGCCGCCUGCAAACUUGAGCCCAGUCUACAGCAUGCACGGAUAGUAGAAGAUUGGACUGGUCUCAGACCUGCACGCAGUAAAGUCAGACUGGAGAGAGAAGUCAUACGAUCUGGAGGACACUCAUUUGAGAUCAUCCAUAACUAUGGACAUGGAGGUUUUGGACUGACCAUCCAUCGUGGGUGUGCUGAGGAAGCUGCUCGGCUCUUUGGACAGUUCCUGGAGCAGAAAGGAUUGCUAGCAGCACAAGCUAAAUCACGUCUUUAACAGAUCUGAGCCAUCAGAUAGCGUUAUCUAUAAUCUAUAAUUCUAAUGCACAUCGUCCUACCAAUUCCAAAAGAUCAUUUGUCCACAUUUCUCUGCCAAUACAGACACACAUACUCUCUUUUUUAAGCAUACUUUAUUGUUAUCGUACAUGUACAUCCAGUGCAGUGGCAAGAAGAUCAGUGCACACAGACACAAAACGCGGCACUAAAUCGCAAAAGGCAGGCAUAGGAGAAAACUUUCUGGACAACUGCACACUUCCCCCAUCAUGCCAAACACACACCAUACGGCUGAAAAGGCAGAAAUACAAAUAACCGAAUAUAGCAUUGAGCAGUUGAGUUGAAGAAACAAAGUGUGUUUUGAUGCAAGCCACUGUUGCGCUGAUGUGCUAGAAUAGACAGGAAUAAAAUAAUAGUUUUGUGACCUACAGAUGCUAUUCUGUUUUAUUAUUAUUUCAUCGUACGUUAAAGGCACAAUAUGUACAUUUUUUCCAUUAAAAUAUAAAAAAUAUAAUCUAGAAUAGCCUUAUAUAUAUAGCCUGACUAACGUUUUGAAGAACGUUUAAAUCCAGAGAAGUAAGCAAUUUUACGUGACACAUCCUAGAUUUUCGGAUUGGUUUUACAGGUAACGUGGACACAACAAAGACGCUUUAAUAUGUUGCGUGUUUUAUUAGCCUGCCCAGAGCAGCAUUAUUUUAGAACUCUGAAAUGUAUUUAGUAUGAUAAUACAGCGCUGCUUCUUCCCGAUGUGAUUACGAGCGGAAGAGCCGUAAAUGGUGAACUGUGGCAUAAUAAAAGCUCCUCUGAUUGUG